AUGGAUGGGACUUUAAAGAAGGCAAGUGAAGUUCCACUUCCUAAUGGUCCAGAGGAGACGUCAGAUAGUCAGGAACCUUCAAAUCACGAACAAUCAGAAACGAUGGCAGCUGACAGUUUGAACAUCAGUAAAGGUGCAAUUUUUAUUAUUACUGAAAAGAAUCAUCUUAAUGAUGCUGAAACUCAAGUCAUGACAACAUUAGAGAAGAUAUGGGAUGCUUUUGGAAAUACACACACAGAAGGUCUUAGUUAUGCAGUUGAUGGCAAACGCACCCAAGAAGAUCUUAGUCGUGUUGGUGACAAACACACACAAGAAGAUCUUAGUCGUGUUGGUGGAGAGCUUAAUCACCCAGUUGAUGACAAACACACACAAGGAGAGCUUGAUGAAGCGGUUGAUGACAAACACACAAAAGAAGAGCUUAAUCACCCAGUUGAUGACAAACACACACUAGGAGAGCUUGAUGAAGUGGUUGAUGACAAACACUCACAAGGAGAGCUUGAUGAAGCGGUUGAUGACAAACACACAAAAGAAGAGCUUAAUCACCCAGUUGAUGACAAACACACACUAGGAGAGCUUGAUGAAGUGGUUGAUGACAAACACUCACAAGGAGAGCUUGAUGAAGCGGUUGAUGACAAACACACAAAAUAUGAGCUUAAUCACCCAGUUGAUGACAAACACUCACAAGGAGAGCUUGAUGAAGUGGUUGAUGACAAACACACACAAGGAGAGCUUGAUAAAGCAGUUGAUGACAAACACACACAAGGAGAGCUUGAUGAAGCAGUUGAUGACAAACACACACAAGGAGAGCUUGAUAAAGCGGUUGAUGACAAACACACACAGCUUGUUGAUGACAAACACACACAAGGAGAGCUUGAUAAAGCAGUUGAUGACAAAACACACACAAGGAGACAAGUGGUUGUUGAUGACAAACACACACAAGGAGAGCUUGAUGACAAACAUAAAGCGCUUGAUGAAGUGGUUGAUGACAAACACACACAAGGAGAGCUUGAUAAAGCAGUUGAUGACAAACACACACAAGGAGAGCUUGAUGAAGCAGUUGAUGACAAACACACACAAGGAGAGCUUGAUAAAGCGGUUGAUGACAAACACACACAAGAUGAGCUUGAUAAAGCGGUUGAUGACAAACACACACAAGGAGAGCUUGAUAAAGCAGUUGAUGACAAACACACACAAGGAGAGCUUGAUAAAGUGGUUGUUGAUGACAAACACACACAAGGAGAGCUUGAUGAAGUGGUUGAUGACAAACACACACAAGGAGAGCUUAACAAAGCAGUUGAUGACAAACACACACAAGGAGAGCUUGACAAAACAGUUGAUGACAAACAUACACAAGGAGAGCUUGAUGAAGCAGUUGAUAAUGAAUACACAGGAGAGCUUAGUCAUGCAGUUGAUGGCAACCACACACAAGGAGAAUUGAGUAAGUGUGGUAAAAGUAAAUGCAAAAAAGAAAGCUUUCCACAACUUGUUCCAUAUCUCAGAAUAGCAGACGGAUCAAGAGAAUCAAAAAAAGAUAUAUCAGUUUUCACAAAAAAUACUUCAUCAGAUGGACUAAAACAACCAAAAAAAGAUAUAUCAGUUGUUGUCUCAAACAAUACUGCAUCAAAUGGACCAAAAGAAUCAGAAAAUAAUUUAUCAUUUGCUGCCUUAAGGAAUACUACAUCAGAUGGUGAAAAACCAAAAACACAAGAGACUGUAAUAGCUUCACCAUUUGAAGAGUCGAAGAAGCUUACAACAAAGAUCAGUGCAUAUUCUUAUGUUACUGGCAAUGUUAAAGGGGAAAAUCUGCAAAUAUAUAACUUAGAUGAAAAUGUCCCCAAAGAAACAGAUGCUAAACAUAAAUAUGCUAGGAGUCCAGUUCUAGAUGAACAAACACCAAAAGAAUCUGUUGUGAAAACAAUGACCACCUUUACCAACAAAUCUGUGCAAGAAUCUAGCAUACCCUCUCAAAGCAAUGUGCUGGUUGAUGAUAAUAAAAGCAGAUCUAAAUUAGAGUUCUCUGUUCCGAUUAAUAAACUGGCUGCAUCAGAUUUGCUGAGUCCUGAUGGAAAACCCCUGCUCUCUAGUGUCGAAGAAAAGCAUAAUUGCAGAAUUGAAAUUGAUGAAAUGUCUCAACAUGGUCAUAAAUCAGAUUCUGUCAUCAAAAAUCAGGAAAUGGCUGCUUGGUAUUCACCAAAUGGUGUGUGUGUUGUUGCUGUGAAGGGAGAUAUGUGGAAGAUGAAAGCUGAUGUGCUACUUUGUCCAGUCCAAUACGCAACGCAAAACCUUCAAGAACUCGUUCCAGCUGACUUUUUAAAAGCAUAAUGUCCACAAAAGGCACCGACCCGCCUCCAAGGAAGUCGAGACGUCUAGACAAUGCCAGGAAAUCUGUUAAAUCAGCUAAAUCUACAAAGUCUGCAGAAGUUUCUAGAGCAAAAACAGCAAGACAAGCAAACCAGCCAGUUAGCCUUGAACAACAGAUUCAGAAGUGCAUCAAUGAUGCAAUUCCGGCAAUCACAAAAUCAGUGAUUGCUGCACUGCAUUCAAGUGAA